AUGUUGACCGGGACAUUUGGUCGGUCAUAUGUAAGAAGAAUGUCUACAGAAAGCUGGGUGCUAGGACCAUACAACUGGAUCUCUGGAAGACGGUGUUCUCCUAGUAGUGUAGAGAGUCACUUUGUAAACCUUGAACCUAGAACAGGAAAACCUCUGGCGCAUAUUCCUGUUUCCGGUCAGGAGGAGGUUGACCGGGCUGUAGCUGCAGCCAGAUCGGCAUUUCCUGGAUGGGCGGCUUUAUCUGGUAUGGAGAGAGGUCGUAUUUUAACCAGAGCUGCUGCACUUAUCCGUGAAAGAUCUGAAGAACUAGCGGAGCUUGAUGUAAAAGACAAUGGAAAACCAAUCUGGGAGUCUAGGAUGGAUCUAGAUACAGUUACAGGUUGCCUGGAGUACUAUGGUGGAAUUGCUCCAGGAGUAGUUGGGCAACAUGUGAAGCUUGCCGGUGGAUCCUGGGCUUCUGUAUCUAGAGAACCCAUCGGAGUAAUAGGAGGAGUAGGAGCUUGGAAUUAUCCUCUACAGUGUUGUGCUUGGAAAGUUGCUCCAGCACUUGCCUGCGGAAAUACAUUUGUUUAUAAACCUAGUCCACUUACUCCACUCUCAGCAGUAGUACUAGGAGAGAUAUUACAG